GAACCCACCCGAUUGACACCUAUACUCCUUAGUCCUUCCUUAAUGCUUAAACCCUCCGUUCCGUCUGAAAGCCUCCCACCGGUCGAGUCUCCGAAAUCGGCAAACUGCCUCGGGGCUUAUCCUUCCGCCAUCGUAGAAUCUUCCUGAUGGCUCCCUUUUGCAUAAUUCGCGUUUAAUUCUUUUGCGAAUCUCACCGGCGGGAAGAAUGGCGGCCUCAUCAUAUCUCUCGCACUUGCUCUACGCCUCGAUUCAUCCUCAACCCCCGGCGAAAUCUAUCAGUCUCGGAUUUCGUUCUUCCACCAUUUUGGGGUUCCAGGGAUCAUCAUCAUAUCCUAAGCGAUGCUACUUCAGUUCAAGCGUCAAGUCAAAUGGAAUCUCCAGACAUGCGAGGGUUCAUAAUAUCUCUUGUAGUAUAAACAUGGCUGCGGGGAAGUCGGACGAUCCUGAAAGGAUAAACUUAAGGCAAAUAGUGCAUAAAGGAAUGAAACUGUGGGGUAGUUGUCCUGAGCCCGUGAGGAGCUUCCCUUGGAACACUGCGUUCAACAACUUCAUCCAGCUCCUGCUUGAUUUGACUGUAACGGUUGUCAAGUACCUGGCUGUACCUCUACUGCUGAUUACUACCCUAAGUGAGAUGUCAUAUUGUGCACAUCAUAAGAAGUUGGUCCUCAUUACUUUUCCUCUACUCAUUGGCUUUGCUGUUGCUGGGUUUUUAAGAGAUUCUGCUUUUGAACUGUCCCCAUCGCUCAAGGACGCAGAAGUUCCAUGGCAUUUGAUUGCAAUUGCAGCAUUCUUCGCUUUGAUAAAAUUGCCAGGCCCAUAUUAUCCUUUCUGGGGCCGCAUAUUCAUUCCACACAUGGCCAAUGGAGUGCUUUGGAGGACUCUGUGGUUUGGCUUUAUGUGGAAUAGAAGACCUAGAAAUGGAUCUGGGGAGCAAUCAUUCAACCCAGUUCAUUAGAUGGUGCGGUUGAUUUCAUCUUGUUUUAAGUAGUCCCGGUAAUUUGAUUUAUUAGCUAGGCAGCUUUGCUUAUAUACAUUCUUUUGUACCAACCACCAACAAAUUUUGAGUGCUAGGAAGUCAUUUCGUCACGUCGUGGAUGUUAUUCUUCUCCGUUCCCCUGGUAGAUUGUAUUGGUUUUGUUUACACAUGAUGCAGGUUUUUUUCCAUGUAAGCUGCUUCAUUUCUCAUGCCUUUCAUGGCGAUGGAUGAUGUUUUGAACUUGAUGUUCAGUAAGUAUAACGCUUGUCAUAUAUAUUUUUAUAUUUGAACAUUUUGUAAA